AUGGGUGGACACUUCAGUGGUUAUGGAAAAGUGGCUGACUGCAGCCUCUCUGGCUUCGUGCCCUCGUUCCCGUCGAACCAGACCCAGCUCACAAUCCCGGCCAACCUCGACCCGCAGUUCAUCGGGCUUGCCUUCGGUGUGCAGAACUACACAUGCACGUCUAGCAACAACUUCACGAAUGUGGGCGCGAUCGCCGAGCUCAUCGACGUCUCCUGCUACGUGCAUGCCCCGUGGUUCGACACGCUCCAGGACACGCUCCUCCCCGCAUGGGAUGAGCUCUCGCAGUCGAUGUCCAUCCAGCAGGUCCUCGACUUCGUGCACUUUCUGAACCCGCCUGCGAGCCUCGCGCAGCACUACUUCGUGCCCAACCCUGUCACGCAACAGGGCCUUUCGCCGAAGUGGGACUUCACCUCAAGCGGCAAGUUCCAGGGCAACUCGGACGCGUUUAUCGUCGCGAAGGGCAACGGCACGCUGCCCAGCCCGGACGACCCCAAGAAGGACGUUGCGUGGCUCGAGGUCCUCAAUGUACAGGGCAAGGUGGCGGCUGAGUUGUUCCGGUUCGACACCGUUGGUGGGCAGCCGCCGUCAUCUUGCACAUUCGGCAAGGACCCUGACAUCUCGGUGAACUAUGUGGGGAAAUACGUCUUCUAUGGGGGUGACUUGAAUUAG